CGGCGAACAAAGACCAUCUGAUUCUGUUGCAUCUCUUUCGGCCUCAAAGACUGUUUUCCAUAUGGCAGGAGAGGCGAUCCGCAUGCGAAUUCAAGAGAGAGGGUAACGGAAGGGAGUAACGGAAACCGGUAGCGCCUCCCCCAUCCUCAUCCUCCGUUCCUUCGUCCGGCACAUUUCAUCCAGGCGGCAGCUCCCCCUUCUCCCUCGCUGUGAAUCUUUCUCUGCUCAUCUCUUUCGCUCCUUCCUUCUAGCCGCCACCGUCCCCCACGACGAUGUUUGCUCGCGUCCUUGGGCUCCUGUUCCUCGUGACUCUCACGGUCGGCGCCUCCUCCCCUCUACGCAAACUCGCACCCGAAGGUGCAUAUGAUGGUGAGCCACGCCACGGUUGCACGCAGAUCUGACGUGCCCUCACUAUCCUCCUGGUCCUCUCUCUUGUCUUUCCCCAGGUGAUUCCCCCGACGACGAACUCACCACCACUGAAGAGCCGUCUACCACCACUGAAGAGCCGCCCUAUGUCCGAACCGCGGGAAAGCCGUCCAUUCUGUCAGUGGUCACUGAAUGCGACCCGACUGACCUGGACUGCAUGCCCCUGGCGCCCGGAGGUAAGCGAGCGAAGUCAAUUGUGACCAUCGAGAAAUGGCUUUCUGUCUCUCCGCUUCUGUGUGCCGUCAGCCGUCCGUUUCAUCUCCCCUACAAUUCAUGUCGCGCAGAACGAUUCCAGCAUCAGUAAGCAAGCGAAACACUGGCGUCGCGUGUGUUUCUCAUUCUUCGCCGCCACACUCGCUUCCAGGUGAGGCAGGUGCUGCGCGUGUAAUUUGCAACGACAGAGACUCAGCCUGCGCUUCGGUAGAGGGUACGUCAUUCCAGAGAUUAUGUGGUCGCUUGUUGUUCACGCAUUGGGUUUCUCUCACUCAGCCCAAUUCAAGGCCCGGCAAGUCGCAAUAGACAAUCCUCUUAGUCCUGGGGAAGACAUCUUUGUGGAUCGCUGCAACAUAGCAGGGAACUUAUUCACUUGCAACAAACCUGCUGCCGACGUGAGAAAAACAAAGCAAGCGAUUUGAUGUAUUGCGAUGCGUUGUGUUUUCCCAUUGACAGGAAUACUGCAGACAAAAAGUAAAAAAUUCCAUCACGGCAAUAUCCUGGUCUGAGUCAACUUGCUCAAGAACGUACCAUCUCAUCGGCGGUACCAUCUGCACCUCUUUUCUCGGUUGCUGGUGCUUCGGCUCCAUCGAUUGCCAGACUGUCUGAACUUGCUGUCUGACUAUGUAUGGAUGGAUGUUCUGGCUGCUGUGGAUGGGCUGGAUGUGGGUGAUCGGCUGACUUGUCACUUUUCCGGCCAUGCUGGCCGCGCACGAGCGCUCUCCCAGACAUGCGAAGCGGGCAUGUGUGAGAGGGUCCUCCUCGUGCGCCAGCUGACUGUCAUUGACUUUGGAUGCACACCUUGCACGCACACAUGGACCCUGCGCGCGCCGUCCAUUCGUGCGUCUCUGCCGAGUCUGCUUCUUUUGCGCGACGCACACCUGUCCGCCAGCAGCGCACAGGGUCGGGGGAGGGGGUCAUCGCCCGCAGCUUGCCACCCCUCACUGUCUGUUUCUUGCUUUUCCCAUGUGUAUCUCCUGCCGUGUAUGCCAUAUGUGGUGAGGCCGCGUGCUGUGUUUUGUGUGGGUGUCUGUCUGUCGGUCUGUCGGUCUGUCCGUCGUACUCGAAAAGGGAGGGACAGGCCGAUCGACGAGCUGCCCACUGCACACAUGCGUGGCUGACGCACUCAAACUGUAGUGCGGACGCAGCCAUGAAUUACGCCAUGUGUUGUGACACAAAUUUGUGUUGCCUGCACAGUGUAAAAACACGGCUAGCUCACGUGUGGUACUUGAGAUUCAGGGGCGUGGCAUGGAAAGGAUGGAUGAUGGUGUCUCGUCGGCGGGUCUCUCUUCUGGCGAUUGAUUGCAUCGACCUGCUCUUCUACAUCACACUGUUGAUUGUGGGGAUUGAUUCAUGGGGAUUGCCCUGAGUGAACAAAUACAUGCCACCAGUGUACAUCGUGAAUACAGAUGUCAUGAA